GCUGCAUGCAUUUAGCUUCCUUGUUUCGAUCUGUCAGGGAAUUGAAGUCUGUGUAGCUCUAAAUGAUCCUUCGUCGUGAAGAAUAAUGGAAGAUCUUGUUCAAAGUCUUUUUAACGAGUCUGGGGCGGAAGGACAAUAUACCGGGACUACUACUGUUGAUGAAGUGCCAGGCUCUUCUGUUUUAUCCACAAAUCCCACAAUGUCGAGUUCACAGACACAGUGGUGUCAGGCUUGCGCAAAUUUAGCAAAAGAUAUAGAGGACAAAUAUACUCGCAGUUUUGUGGCCAUAAAGCAGAAGAUCUUUUUCACAGAUAACCUGAUACAAAUGUAUCAAACAUGUAAAAAGCAAUUAGAAGAGAAUACUGAAAAAUUAAAUCAAACAACCAAGGACAGACAUCUUAUCCAGUCUCAGCUAGAGUUGCUAUUAUCAAAAGAAGAGCCCUCAUUCACUGAAACGACGAACCUUCGAAAUGAGGUUAUAACAUUGAAAGAAACUAUUGAAAGUUUAAAAGCACAAUUGCAUGGAAUGGAUGAGUCGAGAAGAAUUCAUGAGGAAUCAAUUAAAAUACUAAAGGCAGAAGAUACUGGGAUGGUUUUUGAAUUAAAAAAGAAACACAGAAAAGAGAUCACAGAUUUGAGAGAUGAACUAAGUGAGAAAAGUUCAAUGAACAAAAAACUGAAGAAAAGGAAUCGGAAUCUACGAGACACCAUCAGCAAAUUACGAGAGAGUAAAAAUAGAAUAAGAAGAAUUAGUAAAUCAUUGUCUAAAGAUGGCAGCACUAAAAAUAUAACAAUGUCAAGUGAUGCGGAAAUGAAGUCAUCAAACGAUCAGGAUGAAUCCAUGAAUUUUUAUCAAAAUGAAGAGAGCAAUUUAUCAAUGGGAUCAGACGUAACAAGUUCACAGAUCAACCCGACUAAUCUUGAUAAUACAGUAUUUGAAGUUCCCAGAAGAAGUCACAGAAUUUCAUCAAAUAAAGACCAAAAGCAGGAAAAGGUAGCGUAUAUCACAAGCACUACUGAUGAUUCUGCUGAUGAAAUGAUCAUUGAUAAUUCUAAACCUCAAGACAUUGCUGACGAUGUUGUGUCAAGUACAAGCGUUCUUCCACAUGUCAGUGAAAACAAGAAAAAACUAUAUAAAGAUCGAAUGAUGGAGAUGAAAAGAAAGAGAGCGAUUACAUCAUUUAGGAGGCGUCCUACGCAAAACCAGCUCUUAGAAUUGCACGAGUUGGCCAUUACAUGGAAAGAUAAAUUUACAAAUGAAUCUUCAUUUGGGAAGGAAAAAUCGAUUGAACAUUUAAUGGCAUACGUGUCUGAAUUCUGUGAAAAGCAGUUUCUGCAAACUUAUGAAACACUUGUGAUUAACAAAUUAUAUAAAUUACAUAAGGGAAUGUUCUCAGAAGAGCAGCAAUCAUGGCUUCAUAGCUUAAUUAAUUCACUACCAGAAACAUAUUUGUCUACAUCAGAGCAUUGUGCAUCUGAUGGUGAUCGAAAGACAAAACCAAUGGAUAUGCCAGAGUGUCAUGUUUCGUCUACUCAGAAAGUAACGUCUCCAGAUGUUUCACCUCGAGAAUCAUCAUGCUCUUCUCUUUUCAAUGUCAGCAAAAAAACUCAUAAAGUUGAUGAAAUCACCAAUAAGGAUAAUCAUACCAAACUUAGUAAUUCUACCGCAACAGUGAUUUCAUUAUCGGAUGAUAUUAAGACGUCAAAUAUAGAUGGAAAAGCAUUGGAUAAAACUUCUGAAAGUCCUAUUGUUGAUUUGACACUAAUAGAUUCUGAUUCUGAAGUCACAAAUUUAGAGGAUAAACAAAAAACUCAGAAAAGAAAUUUCAAAAUCUCAAAAAUGUCUGGUAAUAAUAAGAAUAAAGUACAACGAAAAAAUAUCAAAAUUCCUGUAACGGCAUCAACGGAUAAUCAAGAUAAUUUUAUUGAUGUGGAAUCAUUAUCUGACGAAGCAGAAAACUCGGAAAUCGAUAAGAAUUCGAGCAGUCAAGUUGAUAGUAUAAACAGUCCAAAAGCUGACAACUCUGCUCUAAUCACAAUAGAAAACAAUAGUUCACAAGUUCUGGUUUCCUCUGAUAAUGAUGAACCCGUCGAAGAUUAUGUUUCGGAAAUGCCUGACAUCAGUGAUAUUGGAGAAUCGCAAGUUACUAAGAAGAAGACUGUGGAGCAUAUUUCUGAAAUGCCUGUUAUAGAAAAUAUUAUUAAUUCUGACGAACAUAACACGAAUGAAAACAGACAAAAUGAAAUAGAGAAUUUCAAAAAUACAUCUCAUAAUGAUGAUAUCAAUCUAACUGAAAUUCAAACACCCAAAAACUCUGAAAUUCGUCAGGCUGAAUUAUCAGUAGAUGAAGAGAUGGGUACAACAUUGUCACUGGAAAAAGAUAUGGAGACAUGUACAGAAAAUUUAAAGUCGCAGGAUACUAAGAGUUUGAGUGAAAAGGAUGUGGAUGACACAAACAUUAACAUUGUUCAUCAUAAGCCAAGAAUAUCUAGAGUUGAAACUGGGAGCACUCAAGUUCAUGACAAGAAUAAAAACAUUAUUAAUGAUAAUUGUGUCGAAGAAAGGCCUAAGAGGAAACGUAAAAAUUCUAGUUCAUCUUCUGAAAGAUCUCGGCCGAAAAAGGUGCAGAAAUUCCAAGAACCGACUGCAUUACCACCUGUCAUUUCUACGCGGUCCCGGACGAGAUCUAUAACUACUGAUAGUUCCAGUGAUCAUGAAAUUACGUUACCUGUCCCUUCUAGCCCCCUCAGAAGAAGCGGGAGAAUUGGAAGUAGAAAUCGUACUACUUCAUCGUCAUCUGAAAGUUCAAAGGAUGGUGCAAAAGCUUUACAACGACAGAAGAAAAUUAAGGAUACGAAAAGCGUCAAGCAAAGGAAUAAUAAGUCUGUUGCUAUAAAGAAAGAAGAAAAGCUUAUUAACAAGAAGAAAAAUUAUCAAAAAACCCUUUCAGAUAAGAAUUUUGAAAUAAACGAACUCGACACGUUAGACAUGCAAAAAGAUCUGAUAUGUGAAAUAAGUAGUGAUUUGAGACCUAUUCACAACAACAAACAAUCAAACUCGAAAGACGAGAAUACUAUUCCUCAAAUUGUUGAAGAUCUUGUCUAUUUGGAAUCGCCUAUGUCAACUUCAAGCUCCGAAUUUGGGGAUCAGGACAUCAGUUCACUCACUGAUUUGAAUAAAUGGCAUUGCAGUGUUAACAAAAUUAUGAAACAAAUGACUUUUGAUGUUGGGAAUGCAAUAUCACCCUUGCCAACUACACCAUUGGGAGAUGAGUUUAUAGAUCAUGAAGAAGAAAGUUUGGACGUUGGACAGACAGAGAAAGAAAAAACAAGUAACAAUAUUGAAGAGGAGAUUAUGAAAUUGCCAGAAAGCAUUGAUUUAAAUCUUAAUACUCCAGAUUCUGCCAAAUGUGAUGAUUCAAUUUCUCAAGUAGAUGAAGUGGAAAAGAUUGGAGAGGCAGAAAAAGAAGAACAAUCAAUCAGCAAUUCUGAAAUUGUGGCAUCGUCAGAAAAUCCACCCAUAAAUGUUAAUAUAACAGAUUCUGCUAAAGGUAGAGAUUCCAUUUCGCCAAGCACUGUGUUGUGUACUGCAAUCAACUUCGGAACACCAUCUAAAGAUUUUAGCAAGAAUACUUUGGAUAUAGAUAAAAUUGCCUCCAUUGAAAAUUCCUUAAAACCACCUGUCAUCAAAAUCGCUUCUGUUCUGCGAAGUCCUUCAUCUUUGAGUGACGACAUCAUUUUAAAAUCAUCUGCUGACCAGCCAUCUUGCUCAAAAUCACUCCUUUUUGGAACGGGGAGUGUUGCAAAGGACAUUUUAAAACCCAGACGAUUUAGUUGCGAAGCGCCAGAGAGGGCUGUAAAUGUUCGUCCAAUAAAACCAAUUGUCAAAGGUGCGUCAUUUGAUGUUCAAUCUCCGCUCAUUUUCAACAAAAAUAAAGAUUUAAGGAAGACUUGCAGCCUGCCACCACACAGAAAAGAAGGGGAUGUCCCAUCUCAUUGGCAUUCUUCUGUAUCACACAAAGAUAGCAACAAAGAAAAAAUUAGGAAUUUUUCGGAAAAUUCUGAUAAUCCACUAGAGAUUUUAACUGGAAGUGAAAAUGAUGGAGAUAUUGAAGUUGAAUUAGCAAAUAUUAAUAAUAUAUCAUUUGGUAGUGAAGGAAAUAUGGUAGCGGAUGAAAUAGAUUUCCAAACAGGCAUAGAGGGUUGUGUGACACCAAAUGAUUUUGAUGCAGAAACAUGGCUAAAUGAUAUGACAGCAAUUAGUCCUUUGUUAACUGAUAUGGAAAGCGGUCCAGAUGAAGAAAUACCCCAGCAAAAUAAUGAAUCUGAUCCUACAGGAAGUGUAUGUGCUGAAACCAUAAGUUUGAACUGUGAUAAUUAUGACGAUCAUCAGAUGAAAAGUCUUGUUGGUUCUGAUCAUGACAAUUCAGAAGAAGUUAGUACUGAGCAAGUUCAACCAGAUUCAAGGUCUUCUGUAAGCAUUCCGGGUGAAAUACAAAAGCCCUCAGAAUCUAGCAAAAUUGGUCCUACUGAUUCAAUUUGUAUGGAUGUCAACGAUAAUGCAAUAAAUGCUUCUCAUACUGAAUAUGCAUCAUGUGAUUCUUCCACAGAAGAUGGUAAUUUAAUUAUGGAUUUUUCUGAAGAUGAUGAUAUGAAGAUAUCAAAUGCAACAGUUAUGGACAUACCCAUGUCAAAAUCUGGUAACCGUAAAAAGAAGUCUAAUGACAAAUCAUCAAAUAGAAACAAAGGUAAUGCCGAGAAUUUAGAAAUAGACAAUGAGAAUUCUGACGAAGAUAAUCAAGAAAAUAUAAAUCAUGCGAAUGAUUCUAUAAUGGAGUCUGCAGCAAAUGCUGUCAAAAAAUCAGUAAAUUCUAUGGAUAUUUUAGUAAACAUUGAAUCAAACCUGUCUGAUAACAAAAACGAUUUUCAGAAAGAAAAACAGAACGAAACUGAACAGCAAAACCAAAUUGAUGUCAAUCCUUCUCAUUCUAGUAAUAAAUUGAAUGAAUCUGCAUCACAUAUUCCUGCACAAACUAAUACUUCUACAGCUGAAGAAUUAAACUCAUCUAGUAACCUAGUACAUACUCGAAGUGAUAUAAAUGAGAAUUUUAGAAUUAAAAGAUCUGAAUUUAAAAGAAUUUCUAGUCCUCAAAAUCAACCGGUAGUGUGCUUAAGUGCAGAUUUGUCGGAACAGAUUCGUAUUUCUACCUGCGAUACAGCGAAUGUAAAGUUUGUACGCUCACCAAACAAAAGCCAAAUUCCGCCAACUUCUGAAGAAACUGAACCGUCAACGAUACAAACUGAUGUAAAUGUUGCAUCGCAAAUAACAGCAAAUGAAACAGAUGAUGAUAGUGAUGAUUUACCUUUGAGUAUGUUGGUUGACUCUUUUGAAUCAAAGAAGAAAACCAAUGUCGCAACUAAAGAAAACCCUUUAAAAUCAAAUUCAUCUUCCACCAAAAUAUUUCCGUCAUCUAAAAAUAAUAACUCACUGGUUACAUCAAAACAAUGGAUUACGGAAUCGUCUGAAAUUGAUGGAAAAUUUGUCAUCAACAACUUGAAAGACGUUAAUUUUCUUUUGUUGAGUCACAAACAAAACAAGAAGCUGGAUGUAAAGUUUCAUAAAAAUUUUCUUCCUUCUUGUGUUUUCAAUAUGUUGAAGAGAUCAACCGGCAGCAGUAUUAACAUUUUUCAAAAUGAUUUUAACAUUUAUGAUGGUUUUCUGGUCACUGAUCUUUCUCAUCAUGAGUGUGCUUAUAUCAAACGAAUGAGAUUGAUUCAAACUACUGGAAUUUGCAAUGGAAAAUUCAUCGAAAUUAUGGUUCUUCCAUUAUUAUUGAAAAUCUUUAUGUAUUUUCCACAAAUGGCUCCUUGUCAUUUUCCAAAUGAUAGAACAGCUACUGGACUGCAGCUCUUAUCAAGAUUAAAAAGUGAUUUUGUGCCAGAAGGAGUCGAUCUUUCAAUGUAUGAAGGUCAUGCAAAAACAUUCUCCCUCGUACGAGUCAUCAGCUUCUUAUGCAGGAUUAGCUCCUCAUUGUCGUCUUUUUAUGCAUUUUGUAGAUACUGUUUGAUAUGGCAGCAAGGUCAAAUACUUUUUACCUUAUUGCAAGGUUUAUUGUGUUGGCCAAAAGCAUUAACAUUGUAUCCUGGGAUUGGAAAAUCAAUUAUACGAAUCAUAAAAAGACAACUAACAUCUCCUCUCAUUAUCACUGAUGCCGAAAAAGUUCUUGAAUUGUCAAGACAGGUUCAAUGGAUUGAAGAGCAAUGCAGCUGGGGCAAAGUAGAUAAGAUUAUACAAAUGAAAGCAUUUGAUGAACCAUUAUCUGGUAUAGUGGAAGCUAAAUUUUCGGGGGAAUUCGAAGAAUUUUUGCGCAAAGUAGAAAAUGGUAUUGAUACUACUGAUGCUGUGUUGCCCAUUACAGUUUUUGAUGGAAAAACAACAUUAACGAUAAACAUGUUUGAAUUACUACAAAAGGAAUCAACAAUGGAAAUUGUUAAAUCAGUGGUUUUGGACAAGUUGUUUUGGCCAAUCUUAAAUAAAUGGUCCAGACAUAUCCAUAUACAUGGUGAUGACGAUAACGGAAGAGAAGUUUCCAAUGUGUGCAUUGUUGCUCUAAUCUACACAUUUUCAUUGUUCUUGUCUUCGUAUUUAUUGAGACAGCGUCAUUCUCACAAAACACAACACACAUUGCCAACCUAUCAGUCGCAUUAUAAAAUUAUAUGUGGAAUGGUGGAACAGUUCUCAACACUUUAUUUGGAAAAAGCUCCAAGGAUUGUGCAAUGUGCUUCUGCUUCAUUCUUGCUACGAACAUGUUUUGUUAAUCCAAGCAAUGCCUAUCAAGCUUUAAUGAAAUGGGUGAAAGCAACAACAACUGGUCGAACACAACGUCAUAAGCACCUAUCGCUUGUGGUGGCUUUUUCCUGUUGCACAGAAGAAAAGCUUAAAAUGAUUUGCAACCGUUUAGAUAUGAAUUUCAGCAUACCAGGCGAAGGCCUGGUAUCUUAUUUAUGGCCGAGUUAGUGUGUUGCUCAGUUUUUGUUUACUAGAUUAAUCUUAUCAGUUAUGGAUUUGUAAAAUCCGGUUUUGGACAAAGAGAUGUCUCAAUUCUCUUGUUUCUAACAUGGAGACUUUACAAGAAUAUACUUGCUCUCAAUGUUGUAACAAAAUAAUAUCACCCGAUUCUUGUUUGAAAUGUUCCACUGCCUCUGUUUUUUCUAUAAAAAUAAUGUUCUAUGUUUAUUUCUCUGUUUUCUGCUACUUCUCGAUUUUAUUUCUUUUUUGUCACACUCCUGCUGCUAUUUUUUUCUUUCUGCUCGAUGUAAUAAUUCAUUCACCACCACUGUGCAAAUAA